UCAAGCAGCAUCUUCAUUUCUUGCAUCUCCGGCGUGUCGUCCGCUUCAACUCCCAGAUCUAUUGCUCAAGAUGAAGUUUCUCAAGUCUCUGUUCGAUAAGAAGUCUCGCAACGGCGCCGAUCGUGCAGGUGGUGCCGUGGUGACUAGAAAGCUGCCUCCCAUCGACUUAACACGGACGACUCAUCCUAUCACGAGCGCUGGCAACGGGGAGAAGAAACCCAGAGUCGGGAACCUCACGCUGUACAUGCUGCUGUCCGAUAUUUGAUUCCGAGAAGCAUCAAUAAACUGUGAUUCUUUUUAAUUUGUUGCAUAAAUAACUCAACUCUGUGCUAAGAAA